AUGAGUCUUAACCAGCUGCAAGGAGCAGCCAAGCUGCAGCAGGUCACUCAGUUGCUGGGCAUCCUCAAAAAAGACCUGCAAGAGAAGCAGCUUACCCCGACUCAAAAGGUUCAGACCCUUCUACAGCUGCGCCAGCAUGGCACGAAUCCUGUCGACGCCGGACCGAUCUAUUGCAGCGAUGGGAUUGGACUAUUGGCGCGUUAUGGAGUUGAAGGAGAGACGGCCGAUGUGCGACGCGCUGCCUUGCGCUGCGUGGCCAAUGCUCUCCUUCUCGACUCCAGCAUGCGCCAGGUCUUCGCCGACACGGGAUACGGUGGCAGACUGGCGGAAAGGCUCAAGACUGAUAAUUCAGAAGACGAGAUGGUGACUAGUCGAAUCUUGUUCCUUUCGACUUAUGACAGCAACAUGGACUUUGAUGUCCUAAUCAACAAACACUCCCUAGGGGAUAACGUUAAUUAUCAACUAUCCCGACACGCUAAACAAUUCCCUAAAUCCGGUCGACCUCCAUUGACGCAGAUGGACGAAUUAGCACUUACCGAUACCCUGAAGCUCAUUUUCAACGUUUCAAAGUUGUACCCCGACCUUGCUGUCACCUUCUCGCCUUCAAUCCCCCACAUCUUGAAGAUUAUCAGCCGGAUGGAAAUCCCAGCCAAGCCGCUUGAUGGUUUGAUCAGCUACCUAAUCAACUCUUUAUCGGUCCUGGAUCUAGAGGAGAAGAAGGAGAAGCAUUUUGAAAGCAACCCUCUCUUCCCCAAGUUCAACCAAAACUGCAAUGUUGACAAGCUAAUCAAUAUCCUUGACCAAGCGGUUUCACUCUACCGCCCAGAAGAGCUUGAAGAGAAAGCAGUCCCACUUUUACACUCUCUCAUCAUUGUCCAUGAAAUUGCCCCUGAUGGUCCCCGCAAGUAUAUGCAAUGGCUUCUCCUCCCUGAAGAUAGUGACCGCAGCUUGCCAAUUGGACGCUCGGACACUCUUGCUUCAAAACUGUUGCAGCUGUCUACAAGUCCCUAUCCUAACUUGAAAACCGGCAUCUCUGAACUGAUGUUCGUUCUUUCUGGAAAGGAUGCUGAAAAUCUGACACGGCGUAUCGGAUAUGGAUUUGCUGCUGGCUUCUUGGCUUCCCGUGGCAUGGAGAUCCCGCAGACUGCUGGCGAAGCCUUUGCCACGAAUAACGCUAAUGACCUGGAUUCGGAGGUCAAUCCAAUCACUGGACAGCGCUGGGCCGCCGAGCCGAAGGAUACGGGUCCUCCUAUGACUGAUGAGGAGAAGGAGAGAGAAGCAGAAAGACUCUUUGUCUUGUUUGAAAGGGCGAAGGCAAAUGGUCUUAUAACCAUGGAAAACCCUGUGGCGCAGGCAGUCCGGGAGGGGCGCUUUGAAGAACUCCCGGAUGAUGCCGAUAGCGAUUGA